AAGUGAGAACAGAGCCUUUACUGUUUCAUAUUACACAGAAAAGAGGAGAAAGAGGAGAAGAGUUAAUGGUGGGUAAGGGCUCUGGUGGGCUGUGCAGUCAGGCUCUGUUUUGAAUGUAGCUGCUUGUGUAAGUGCUGUGCAGUUGUCUGGGUUUAUGGAUUCGCUGACUGUGGAAAAUGUACUUCUCUAUAGUGGUCCUUGUCCUGACUAAGGCUCUGGUUACAGAGGUAUGUUACGCCCUGAAUGUGACAGUCACCCCUGGGCCUGUUCUCAUUGUAACAGAGAAAGACAACUUGACGUUGUCCUGCCUGGUAUCUCAAAGGAAGAGAAGCAACAGCGUCCUCAUCCUUCGCUGGUUCUUUUCUCCCCUUGCCGCUCCUACUCUCGCGCCUCCUCCGUCCUUUCCACUGCCCUCUCCACCUGCGCCCGUGCCCCCCCAGUUUCUGAUUGUGAAGAUUGGCAUAAAAAAACUGAAGAUGUACGGGAACUACACCCGCCGGUUCCCCCAGCCAAAGUUCCGUCUGCACGAGGAAACCGAGGGCGAGGUGUACCGUUUGCGGAUUUUUAAUGUGAUGGGGAUGGACCAGGGCUUUUACACCUGUAAAGUUCAGGAGAUCCGCAAACACAGAAACACGUGGAGAGCAUCCUCCAAUGGCACCAGCACCACGCAGCUGACAGUGCACUUUACCCCUGAGGAGAGUAGCGGUGACGGACUGUGGCUUUUAUUCGCAGAUGUGUACCUGUGCGCCGUGUUAAUCUGCUCGUUGGGCUUGCUGUCCAUCUUCAUGUUCACGCUUGUCCUAACGUGCCAGUAUUUCCACAGAAGACACAGACUCAAAGCCAGUUACCUUCUAGUCAAGUGUCCAGAAAGCAGCUCAGGAGAGACAGUAACUAGCUCUGGAAGUUCCUCCAGUUCCUCCCCGAGAGCACAAAGGAGAAUCACAAAACAGAAAAUGGACAGAAGAGUACCAGUGACUCCACCUAAACUACCUGAAGAGCCACCACUGCACAUACCACCCAAAGUGCCCGUUGCUGCAAAGAGACCGCAGAAGCCCAGAAGGUUGAAGACUCAGCCAAGGAGAUCUGCAACCCCUCGAGUAUCACAAGAAGAUAGCCUGACAUAUGCAGAGCUGGAGCUGGUCAGACCGAGGCCGGAGCCCCCCACCGCCUCCAGCCCCGACCCCGCACCCUCCAGCCCAGACACUGUGUACGCUCAGAUCCUUUUCCAGGAGAAACAGCUGUAAACAUGAAAACUUGGUGUGUCAAGAUGAAGGCAGAGAUUCAGCCCUCCAAACUGAAACGGGACUAUAUUUAUGAACUAUCCAUAUUUAGCAUUGUUUUCUGGAUCUAACUAUGCCACAUCUGUUGAUGAAUGUGGGUUUGUGUUUGCUCUGUGUAGAUUCAUUCCAGCACAGCAGUUUUUGGGUCUUAUAAUUCUGUUAUUUUGUUUGCUGGCAUCGCUGGCCUGCGAGCCAGAUGUUUGUAGAAUGCUCUUACAAUUAACUAUUCAGUAUAAACUCAGGAGAUUGUGUGGAAGCAAACUGUGGUCCAGGUUCUCUAACUGCAGUGUCAGAAGGCACUGUAACACGCAGCUUUACAUUAUGCAUUUACAACAGUACAUUAUACAGUACUAAUACAUCAUAUAAUAAAUAUCCCAGGGUAUGACAUUCAAA